AUGGUUAGCUCAAGUGCUUACUCCCGCUACACCAACAUGGUCCUUGCCAAACCCUAAUUUUCAGCAAAGAUCUCUAAGAUUCUGACUGUCUCAACUGUUCAGUUUGUCCAAUUUGAUUCUCCACCUGCUAGUUUCUAACGUGCUCCAGGAACUGCAAGAUCCUUAAUUAUCCUUAUUCUUAAGAAGUUCAGCACACAAUUGAAUUCACUUGGGAUCGAAAUAGAGGUAUUGAUUACCUUACCUAUCAGACCAGAAGACAUUUCAUUGGAGAAGGAAAGGAAAGUGGUGAAGCUUCAGAAAGGUGAGGAUUGCUUUAGCAGAUGA